CCCAGGCGCCACAGCUGGUGAUCUCCGCGUUUGUACCCCGGCCCUAGGAACUUUCGCGGUACUCAGCCUCAUGACGGGCUCGGCCGUGGAGCGGCUGGUGCCUGAACCCCUCGGGGGUAACCUGAGUGGAAUCGAGAGGGAACAGUUGGACGCUCAGCGGGUUGGGGCGGCUGCAGCCUUGGCCUUCGGGAGCGGGGCGCUGAUGCUGGGCAUGUUCGCGCUGCAGCUCGGCGUCCUGUCCACCUUUCUGUCGGAGCCUGUGGUCAAAGCGCUGACCAGCGGGGCCGCGCUGCACGUGCUCGUGUCCCAACUGCCAAGCCUUUUAGGGUUGCCCCUCCCGCGCCAGAUUGGCUGCUUCGCUCUCUUCAAGACGUUGGCCGCCGUGCUGACCGCGCUGCCCCGGAGCAGUCUGGCCGAACUGACCAUCUCGGCACUCAGCCUGGCGCUGCUCGUGCCUGUCAAAGAACUGAACGUGAGAUUCCGAGACAAGCUACCCACCCCGAUCCCAGGGGAAAUCAUCAUGGUGCUUCUGGCCUCUGUGCUCUGCUUCACCUCUUCCCUGGACACAAGAUACAACGUCCAGAUAGUGGGCCUGCUGCCUGGAGGAUUCCCCCAGCCCCACCUCCCCAACCUGGCUGCACUGCCCAGGCUCCUGGCCGACUCGCUGCCCAUGGCACUGGUCACUUUUGCUGUGUCCGCCUCCCUGGCCUCCAUCUAUGCAGACAAGUAUAGCUACACGAUUGACUCCAACCAGGAGCUCUUGGCCCACGGGGUCUCCAACUUCCUCUCCUCUGUCUUCUCCUGCUUUCCCAACUCUGCCACACUGGCCACCACCAGCCUACUCGUGGAUGCUGGUGGGAACACACAGCUGGCAGGCCUCUUCUCCUGCAUAGUCGUUCUCUCAGUGCUGCUAUGGCUGGGGCCCUUCUUCUAUUAUCUGCCCAAGGCUGUCCUGGCCUGCAUCAACAUCUCCAGCAUGCGCCAGAUGUUCUUCCAGAUGCAGGAACUUCCACAGCUAUGGCGCAUCAGCCGCAUGGACUUCGCCGUAUGGAUAGUCACAUGGGUGGCCGUAGUGAUCCUGAGUGUGGACCUGGGCCUGGCCAUUGGUGUGGUCUUCUCCAUGAUGACUGUGGUCUGCCGCACCCAGAGGGUGCAGUGCCUGGCACUUGGACUUGCCGAGGGGACGGAGCUCUACAGGCCACUCAGAGAAAGCCACAAGCUCCUCAAGGUCCCGGGGCUCUGCAUCCUGAGCUAUCCGUCACCGCUCUACUUUGGGACCCGUGGGCAGUUUCGCCGCAGCCUGGAGUGGCACCUGGGGCUUGGAGAAGGACGCAAGGGGGCUCCAAAGACAGAUAGCCCACCUGAUGCAGUUGCUGAGCCUGUCAGAGUGGUGGUCCUAGACUGCAGUGGUAUCGCCUUUGCAGAUGCUGCUGGAGCCAGAGAAGUGCUACAGCUGGCCAGCCGAUGCCGAGAUGCUGGGAUCCACCUUCUCCUGGCUCAGUGUAAUGCCUCGGUGCUGGGGACAUUGACCCAGGCAGGACUCCUGGACAGAGUGACCCCAGAACAGCUGUUUGUCAGUGUCCAGGAUGCAGCUGCUCAUGCCCUGGAGAGACUGGAGCCUACUGGUCCAAAGACUUGCACAGUGUGGGUCUGACCCAGUCAUCUGGAGUGUGGAGGGCCCCAGCAAUAUGUGUGUGUUGGAGUCCCCUUACUUCAUGUAACUAAUAAAAUAAAGCUGAGAGCCUCUGGGGUUCAUGAAGUGA